AUGUUCGCAUCUCGGCAUCACGAGCUUCUACAUCGAGAUGUCUUCUUCUUCUUCUUCUUCCUGCUCUCCGCGUCCCCGCCUCCACGAUGCUCUCCACGGUCUCUCCACGAUGCCUCCACGAUGCAUCCCCGGUCUCCAGUCUCGUCUAGUCUCCAGUAUCCCCAGCAUGGCAUGUAUGAAAGUGUACUCCGUACGGACCAACCCCGUCCUCAUCUCCCUCCUUCCGGUCUCUCACUCUUCCUCCUCGUAAGUGCUGCUGGCACAGGACUUGCUCUUCUCCUCUUACUCUACUUCUACUUCUACUUUGCUGUUGCUGCUGCUGUGCUGCUGCUGCCCCUAGCCGCCUCUAUAUCUCCCGUCUCGCACCCACCAGCCAUCAUGUCAGACAAGAACAACGUCGAGGCCGUCGACAGCGUGCCCAGACGGUCCUUUGGGUCGCGCAUAGGGACCAUCUGUCGGCGUUUCUGGUGGCUCAUCGCCAUCAUCUUCGUCGUCGUCGCCCUCGUCAUCAUCCUCCCUGUAAUAUUCGUCGCAUACCCCAAGCUGGCGCAGAGAGAUGUCUCCGAUUCCACUCUCGCCAUCACAGACAUGCAGACGUCCGAUCCCACGCCAGACUCGAUGCAUGUAAAAAUCACUCAGGUCAUCGGCUCAAAGUCCAAGUUCCAUCCCGUCCUCGACCCCUUUGAUGCGCAGGUCUUCCUCUCCGGCGAGAAGGAGUCGUUCAUGACGCUGAGCACGCCCGAGGUCAAGUCGCAUGAUGGCGUCAAGGCCAUCGUCGACCAGGACGUGCAGAUCAAGAACCACGAUGGGUUCGCUGCUUUCUCCAAGGCCGUCAUGUUGUCGGAGCACCUUGACUUGCUUGUCAUAGGCAAGACGCAGCUCAAGCUCGGUGGACUGCAGAAGACCACCGUCGACUACAACAAGACCGUCUCCUUGAAGGGAAUGAACCAACUCAAGGGCUUUAACAUCACCAACAUCAAGAUCCAGUCUACCCCCGGCACCAUGAACAACAUGAAGGGAGACGUCUUCAUCCCCAACCCUUCAGUCCUCACUCUCGCCAUGGGCAACCUCACCCUCGACCUGUCCGUCGACGGCCACCCCAUCGGCACCUCCUACCUCAACAACGUCAUCAUCAAGCCAGGCGACAACACCAUCCCCAUGGUCGCCAACGCUGACCUAGGCUACGUCCUCAAGCUCACCGGCAAGACAGGCAAAUACCCCAAGGGCAUCAUCCCGCUCUCUAUCCUAGGCAACUCCUCCGUCGCCAACGGCAAGGAGCUAACGUACUACUCCAAAGCCCUCGCGUCGAACAAGCUAGAGGUGCCAUUGAACGUCCCUGCCAUCUUAGCAGGAAAGGCAUGA